ACCCCCUUAAACUCGAGGGCAAUUCUCGAUGAGUGCAGCGCGGUUUUUAAUGUGACAGAAGACGAGAUUAUGUAUAUAUUGAAUUCUACGCAGCUCCCUAUGAUCUCAUUAAAACUAAAAUGUUUUUUGAAAUGCGUUGGAGAAAAUGGAGGAUUUGUAUAAACAUUUGAUACUUGUUAAUUAAAUUAAUUGAAUACAAUAGAUGCUGUAUGGUCGUUUAAUCGAUGAAACGAUUUUGGAAAUGGCUGAGACUUUGGCGGUCAGUGACACAGUCAGGGAAGAAAACAUGAAUGCAAUUUCAGCCUGCGGAUCAAUAAAGGGAAUGGACGAGUGCGAUACUGCUUCACUUGUGUUACAAUGUGGAUUGGAAAAAGCGCCUGAUCUAGUGGAAAACAUUCUCAACACGGUCGAAGUAAACUCGUCAUCGGAUCCUGUACCUCUACCCAGUGUAAGCCACAAAUGCCCGGCUGAUUUUGAAUGUGUGAUUGAUCCAAAACUGCGCGAAGACUACAUCAACAAUAGACCCAUCCCUAAUGGAGAGAUUGUCACUGCCUGUGGGAUCAAAUACGUGCAUCAACACAUUCGCCAACUUUAUACGACGGCGUCGUCAUUCUGUUGCAGCUACGGUUUGAAAUUGGCUUAUUUUGAAAACGUCACAAAUGGCAUCUGCCUUGUCAAUUCUAAAAUAAGUGAUCAUUAA